CCGACCUCUGUACAUAAGCAAACAGCGUGUGUGCAUCUCUGUUUACCCAACAGCCAAUCUUGACUCAGGACGCAGGUGAAUAGCACGCAGUAAUGGUUCGGGGUGUGCGUAUACCUCGUUUUGUUUCCAGAGUCGUUCUGCCGUGUGUUGUUGCGUCCGUGGCUGUCAUUUCAUUCCUGCAUCCUGUGCCCAACCUGGCCAGCUCCCUCGCCUUCUCUCGUACACUCAAUCCCCAGUCCUCCAGCAACCUUGAUCAAAGUGAUAAACGCAGUCAGCUUGUGCAACACCAUCAAGAGCAUCAGCCGCAUCAGCAGCGCGCACAACCACGACUGGUACAUGCCGACGAACACAACAUGGCGUCACGCGCGAGCCUGAGGGUUCUCAUCAGCGGCGGUGGCAUCGCCGGCAACGCCCUCGCCUUUUGGUUGACCAAACUCGGCCACAAUGUCACCGUGGUGGAAAGGUUUCCCGGCCUGCGAGCCACAGGACUUCAACUCGACCUUCGAGGCGCCGGCAUCGAGGUCAUGAGGCGCAUGGGUCUCGAGCAGGCCUUCCAAGCAAAGCGGGCCCCGGAGGAGGGCAUGCAGGUGGUCGACAGCACUGGGCGCCAGCGGGCGUGGUUCCCAGCAAGCAAGCCCAAGGUUGGGGAGCGCCAGGGCUUCACCACCGAGUUCGAGCUCAUGCGCGGCGACAUCUGCCGCAUCCUCCACCAUGCAGCCGCGGCGAGCACCACCCCGGCCGGCGCCCUCAAGACCAGCGCGCGCUACGUCUUUGGCACCGCGGUCGAGAGCUUUGAGCAGCACGCCGAUGCCGUGGACGUGCGCUUCGAGGACGGCACCACUGCCUCGUUUGACCUGCUGGUCGGCGCCGACGGCCAAUGGUCGCGCACCCGGCGGAUGUUGCUCGCCGCAGGAGGGGCUGGAGGACAUGCAAAGACGAGCAAGGCAUCAUCCUCCGCCGCCGCCGCCGUAGCACCCGAAUCGGAGGGCCUGUACCUGAUACCGGGGCUGUACUUCACCUAUUUCACCAUGAGGAAGCCCAUCGAGGAGGGCGAGGGCUACAUCGCGACGUCAUACAUGGCGCCACAUCGGAGGGGCAUCAUGACGCGGAGGCAUAGCCCGAACGAGCUGCAGGUCAUGCUCUCGUGCCGCAACGACUCGCAGGAGCUCAGGGACAUCCGGCGGGGCGACGUCGAGAAGGAGAAGGAGGCGAUCGCUGGCAUUUUCAAGGACGCCGGGUGGCAGGCCGAGGCCAUACUGAAGGCGAUGAAAGAGGCUCCAGACUUCUACUGCGAGCGCCUGGGCCUGGUCAAGGUGGCCCCCUGGUCGCGUGGCCGCGUUGCCCUGAUAGGAGACGCGGCCCACUGCCCGACCGUGCUCACCGGCAUGGGCACCACGUCCGCCAUGGUCGGUGCUUACGUCCUGGCAGGAGAAAUCAGCCGGCACGUGGGGAAGGUCGGCAAUGGUGAGGGCGACGGCGACAACCACUCCGAUGGUCUCGCAACAGCGCUCGAGUCUUACGAGACGAGGUUCAGGCCCUUUGUGGAUCAGGUGCAGAAGGGAGUCCUGGAGCACUCGGCAGAUAAGUGGAUGAUGGCCGACACCUCCAUGCAGGUCGCCUUUAUGAAUUGGAUGAUGGGUGUUGCCUCGUUCUUUGCCAAGAGGGUUAACAUUGUCGAUGCCUUUGGCAUACGGGAGACGGUCAAGGGAUGGGACCUCCCCAGAUACGAGGGGCUGGAAAAGACUGAAGAGUAAUAAGUGUUGGGCGGGAAUGCAACCAACAUUUGAAUGUAAUUAUCCAUCAGACCAGUGGAAACUCGCCCUUACACAGGUAGUGUAUAUGUACGGCCAUCUCAACUUCCAGUAGUCACAUUCUGUUCAGACGCU